AUGCAAGCAUUGCUGCAAGGAUGUCAUAGCAGUUCAAAGAUUCAUCGCAGCAUGUUCAGCGAGAACUCGUAUGCUGGCGCUGUGUCGAGAUCGCUAUUGUCGUGUCAGAUACGCUACCCUCCCAUGUUAUGGCCAUGUGUAAGCGCUGUGCUCCAGGUCAAUGGUCUGCAGGCCGUGUUCCUGAAAUGGAGCGCACGCGAAGCCGCGCUGUGGGCAAGACCCUGUUGCAAGUUGUCGCGCGGAACGGAUUCUUGCUCUGGAAUCGCUAACCGACGCCACAACAACAUGUCCGAAAUGUGGAGACCCCCGCGAGAUUCCAUGGCGCAUGCGCGGAGGAGUGUCGAAGCGACACGCUCACGAAGAUGCUUGCAAGACGCUUCGGCAGUUGGCAACGAAUGCCAGUAG